AUGCCAGCUUUUACUCUAUAUGGCUCUCGUGGCUCGACAAACACCGAUCGUGUCCGCCUGACUCUUGCCGAAGGUGGAUUUACAGAUUACGAACUCGUGCUUCUCAACCUUCAGAAGGGGGAGCAAAAGUCCACGGAACACACAAAACGUCACCCGUGGGGUAAAAUCCCCGUGGUAGUUUUCCCCAAUGGCUUCACUCUCUACGAGAGUCGUGCAAUCUGCAAGUACCUCGCAACCAAGUACUCAUUUCCACUUCUACCCUCAGACUCCGACCUCGAAGCUGCGGCGCUGUUCGACCAGGAGCAAAGUGCAGAAAUUCUUUAUUUCGCGGAGCCCGCGGGUCGAAUAUCAUUCGAGAAAUUUGCGAAAAAAUUCAUGGGACUACCCGCCAAUGAGGCCGUUAUCGCAGAUGCACUGCGGUCACUUGAGACGUUUUUCGACGUCGCAGAACGUCUCUUACAACACAAAGACUACAUGGCUGGAAACGACUUUACUCUUAUAGACAUCUACUACAUUCCGCUGAUCCAAAGGCUUUUUGCAUGUGGGUACGGCGAUAUCGUUGUCAGUCACGAAGCUGUGAAUGCUUGGUGGAACCGUUGCGUGAAUCGGCCAGCCAUCCAGAAGAUGUUGGCCGCUGACAAGGAGGCUAUGGCUGCUGCAAGUAGAUAG